AUGGCCAAAGGUCUCCGCUCCAGCUCCAAGAAGUCGAACCGCACCAAGUUGCGCGCCCGCGUCUUCGAGCCCGUCGAAAAUGCUCGUCUAGAGCGCAUCCACCAAAAGCUGCUCGAGACGGCCCAGCAGCCCAAGCCCGAGACUGCAAAGGAAAAGGAAAUGGACGUCGACUCUGCAGAAGACGCAGACGCCGCCGCAAACGAUGCCAGCAAAGAGGAAGACUUCCCCAAAGGUUCGUUUUUCCUCUCAGCCAGCAUUCCCCAGAGCCUCUGCGCCACCUCCACCUCCAUCCCAGACGCCAAACCCGCUCCUGCACACGAAGACCUCGAGAGCAGGACUCUGUACGACGUGCUCGGUCUCUGCUCCGACAUUGUGGGCUUCACGCCCACGGGCGCCCUCGAGUUUGCCUUUGACCCGCUUGCGCCAGAAUGGUUGAACAUGGACGUCGACGGCGAAAGAUCCGGCUCCAAGCGCAAGCACAAGGACCGCAAGACCAUCCACAAGGAGAAGAUGCUGCGCCGCAAGAAGCCAAAGAACCAGAUCUCGUUCCCGACGAGCCGCGGCAAAGGCGCGCUGAAGCCCUUCUCCGAAUCCAAAGUCCGCAAGCGCCGCUCGUAG